AAUUGAGAAUACAAUCAUUUCAAACAAGAGACAAAAAAUGGCUUCUUCCUUUUAGAAGAAGAGAGACAAGAUAAUCAUUUAGAAGAAGAUUAAGAACUUCUUUAUUUGGAUAUGGCAUCUAUUGAAGAACUUCCUGAUUCAACACGCCUAGCUAAAGAUGAAUAUGAAAAAGAGAUUCCUUCAUCAGAUGAAAUGAUAGAGAGAAGCUUAGGAACAUUUGGAUGGGUAGAAUUUGUGCAAUGCAUUCUCGUAUCAUUCGCGAUGUUCUUCGAUGCACAACAAGCAUUCAUAACGAUUUACACCGAUGAUUAUCCGACAUGGCAUUGCACAAAUUCAACAUUAUGCAAUUCGAAUUCGGACAUCUGCAAGAUUCCGAAAUCUUCAUGGGCAUGGGAUGGACCAUCACAAAAAACAAUCAUAUCUCAAUUCCAUCUUGAGUGUGCAAGUGACUUCAUCAUAGGUUUACCUCAAUCUUCAUUCUUCAUUGGUUGUCUUAUUGGUACUUUUGCUUUGGCAACUUUGGCUGAUACAUCACUUGGAAGAAAAAACAUGUUGAUUCUCUCUUGUUUAUCGAUGUCGGUAGCCUCGAUCGUCAUUGUGUUUUCCACCAAUGUUUGGAUUUACUCGGGUUUCAAAUUCCUCAUCGGAUUCUGGCGUGCGUCAAUUGGAACAUGUGUUCUUGUUUUGUUAACGGAGAAAGUUAGUACGGAAUGGAGGUUCACCGUUGGAAUUGUUGAAUAUUUUUGCUUCACGUUAGGGUACAUGUCUUUACCCGGUGUAGCUUAUAUUUUUCGAUUUUCUUCGUGGAAAAAUAUUUAUAUUUGGACAUCGAUUCCGGCUAUAAUUUACUCAGUUGUUGGUUAUUUUUUUGUUACCGAGUCCCCAAGGUGGCUUCUAAUGCAAGGAAGAAAUCAAGAAGCUAUUGCAAUGCUUAAAGGGAUGACUUCACAAGAAAAUGAGGAUUUAACCGCGAGUUUAUUGCUAAGCGCACCCCCUAAACAGAAGGCUUCGGUUUUUCAACUUUACUCGUCAAUUACAACGUUGUUUGAGAGAAGAUGGGCUUUGAAAAGAAUGCUUGCAAUUAUGGUGCUUGGUAUUGGAAUUGGAAUAGUUUAUUUUGGUAUGCCAUUAGCCGUUGGAAAUUUAGGAUUCGACAUUUACUUAGCCGUUGUGUUCAACGCCUUAAUGGAAAUACCAUCUUGCGUCGCUACUUAUUUCUUAGAGAAUCGACAAAGAAAGCCGUCAAUUCUCUCAUUUUCUCUAGCGAGUGGCAUUAGUUGUGUUUUGUGCGUUGUUGCUGGUUCAAGAUUACAAGGACUCAAAGUAGGGUUAGCGUUGAUAUCGUUUUUCAGCGCUUGCACGGCUUAUAAUGUGUUUCUAAUUUACAUCAUAGAGCUAUUUCCGACGAGUGUGAGGAACACGACGACGUCGUUGGUGAGACAAGCAAUUGUUUUUGGCAACAUUUUCAGUCCUUUUUUGAUAUCUGCCGGAAGAAAAAAUGAUGCAUUCUCUUAUGGUGUGUUUGGUGUUGUUAUCAUAUUGUCUUGUGUUACUUUGCUUGGUUUGCCUGAAACCAAAGGACUAGCACUUUGUGAUACCAUGGAUCAACAAGAGAGAAAAGAAAAAAGCUAUGUAAUGUGAUAUUUGUAAUAGGGUAUGUUUUUAUUAUGCUUAGGUUCGUUUAAUUUGUUGUAUUGUGUUGAAGCUUUCUUUUGUCUUAGGUUUUUAUGUAAGAGCCUAUGAUCUUAACUUUUUAAGUCAACGAAUAUUAAUAAAUAAACUGUCUUGUGAAAUAAAACAUGGUUUUUAGUUUUGCUUUGUAUGUCAUGAGUUGAAAAUAAUUUAAAUCAG